UUCUAGGAACCGCACCUCCCAGGAGGAGAACAGAACCGAAACUUAGGGUGGGGACUGUAGAGAGGGGAGGAGAGACCAGAAACAAUUUACAACAAGCGAGCCUGGGACAUCCUCGGCUGCUCAGGAUGGCCUCAGGCAAAGUCCGCUGCACCCGGAAGCUCCGAAGCUGGAUCGUGGAUAAGGUGGAAAGCGGUCAGUUCCCAGGGGUGUGCUGGGAUGACGCAGCCAAGACCAUGUUCCGGAUCCCCUGGAAGCACGCCGGCAAGCAAGACUUCCGAGAGGACCAGGAUGCCGCCAUAUUCAAGGCUUGGGCACUGUUUAAGGAAAAGAAUAAAGACGGGGACAUAGGCCAUCCUGCUGUCUGGAAGACUCGCCUACGCUGUGCCCUCAACAAGAGUUCCGAAUUUGAGGAGGUUCCUGAGAGAGGUCGCAUGGAUGUGGCUGAACCUUACAAAGUGUAUCGGAUACUGCCAGCGGGGACCCUCGCUACCCAACCACGAAACCAGAAAUCAUCGUUCAAGCGAAGUAUCAGUUCUGUGUCACCUGAGAGGGAAGAGAAUAAAGAAAACGGGAGGGCCAGUGGAGUUGUAAACCACUCAGCCGACGGCAGCAACAUCAGCGGUGGCCAUGGUGGCGGCUGUGGCAGUGGCUGUGGUGGUGGUGGUGGCGGCUGUGGCGGCGUCGGCAGCUCUGAGCUAGAGGAAGGAGCUGGCACAGCUGAGACCACCAUUAAAGAGGACCCCGUGUUCAUGGAGCACCGACCUCCGCUGGACUCAGACUUCUCCCUGCUGCUCACCUUCAUCUAUGGCGGACGUGUGGUGGGGGAGACCCGGGUUUGCAGCCUUGACUGUCGGCUCGUGGCUGAGCGCUUGGACUCGGAGAGCAGCAUAAUGCAGGUGGAGUUUCCCAAACCUGACCCCUCGGAGCCUGCCCAGCGCCUGCUGAGUAAGCUCGAGAGAGGCGUCCUGGUGGCCAGCAACUCGAGAGGCCUCUUUGUUCAGCGCCUCUGCCCCAUCCCUAUCUCCUGGACCUCACCCGAGGCCCCGCCCGGGCCUGGCCCUCAUCUGCUGCCCAGCAAUAAGUGCGUGGAGCUCUUCAGUCCCACCUACUUCUGUAGAGAUUUGGUCCAGUACUUCCAGGGCCGGAGGCCCCCACCCGAGUUCCAAGCAGCCCUGCAUUUCUGGGAAAGGAGUCCUGACUCUAGCCAGACCCAAAAGAAUCUUAUCACGGUACAGAUGGAGCAGGCCUUUGCCCGACAUUUACUGGAGAAGGUUCCAGAGGAGGAGAAGGCUGCCUUGUUCCUGCUGCAGCAUGCGGAGCAUUCCUCUGCCGCUCUUGCACUCUGAUCCUUGGGUCGCCAUUGAAAUAGACUUCUCUGCACUCUUGGUCUGCCUGCUCUUGUGAUGGUUCUUAUCACUGUGAGUUAUUCAGCAUGGCCAGAGAGAAAGUGCAAGGAUAAUUUUUAUCCUUAAAAAUUGAUUUGGAGAGCCAGACUUGUUGGUGAAUGCUUGUAAUCUCAGCACUUGGGAGACAGACCAAAUGAUUCUGAGUUCAAGGACAACCUGGGAGAGACUUUUAUUUCCUUUUUUUUAAAGCUAUAUCCUCUUUCACCUCUAAGGAACUGGAAAGUUCCAGAAGGUGUAACCUCAGAGGGAAAUUGCUCUCCUCCCAAUCCCUAACUCUAAAUUUAAGCACUUUAUACACACACACACACACACACACACACACACACACACAUAUAUAUGUAUGUAUGUAUAUAUAUAUAUUUGUGGUUUUGGGGUUUUUUUUGUUUUUGUUUUUUCCUCAGUCCUCACUAGACUGAAAUAAAAUUUAGCUGGGUGAGGUACACUCAGCACAUGUGAGACAGAGGUAAGAAGAUUGUGAGUUCGAAUUCAAGGCCAGCCUUGGUGACACUGUCUCCAAAAGAUAAAUAAAAGCUUACUAAGAGAGAGACCAGGAUCUGACUUGUCAGGAGAGGGUAGCAGGGGUUACAGGGAAUUGUAGAGAUGGAGAGUAAGAUACCAGUAUCUGGGCUCUCUGCCUGAUGGCGAUUCAGAUUCCGCUGCAUUCCUGUGCCCGCAGCACUAGCCAGAGUGCCAUAGUCUCUGACACGUGGUGAUUCUCCUGCCCCAGUCUCCUAAGUGCUGGGUUCUGGGUGUACACCACCAUGCCUCUCUUUACUCUUCCAAUCAACCCUUCCCUUCCCCCCCUUUUCAGACUUGACCUGGUACUUCCAGGGUUAGGGGCCCCCACCCAAGUUUCUGGCAACCAAGGUUGGUUUGGAGUCAGUAACUAAGAGAGGCACUGUAGCCUACGGGCACACAGCACUAUAGCCAUGUGGUGGUGCAUGAGAUUAGCCUCCCUUAGCUCACAUGUUGACUACUUGGUCCUCAGUGGAACCAUUUGGGAAUGAUUGGGGGGGUGGCGUUCUUGGAUGAGUUGUGCCACUGGCCAUGGGCUUCGAGGUUUCCAAAGACCCUUGCCACUCCUAGCUAACACACUCUUGUGUCUCAUGCUUAUAAAUAUGAUGUAAACUCUCAACCCCAGUACCGUUCCUGCCUGCCUGCCUGCAUGCAUGCUGCUAUGUUCUCUGCCGUGAUGGUCAUGGGCUCUAAACCUUUAAAAAUGUAAGCCCCAAAUUAAAUUUUGCCUUUUCUAA